AUGAAUAGAUUCAUGUGGCUCAAUUCAAUUAACUAUAAAGAUCAGUAAAAGGAAAGUAUUCUAAGGAGCAUAGAGGCUAUAGAAUUUCAGCAGAACAGUAGUAUGAUCAGUAUGAUAAGAUAAAACACUUAUAAUUAAAAUGUUUCAGGCCUAGAUUAAAUGAGUCUUGUCUUACUCAAAAAUGAUUUGGCAGGAACUAUCAAAAGUUCAGCUACGAUUGCUUAUGUAGGCGUUUUCAAUCGAUUUAUGCCGAAUAUCAUGAGUGUUAGAUAAUUAGAUGGUUUGGUAUAUUUGUUAUUUGUUGAUUAUGAAGGAAAUGGAAUCCUUGUCAUAAUUCAUAAGGAUCUCAAUGAUAUAAAAAAGUAGCAUUCUUUGAACAAUUCAUACUCUUGCUACUUAUAGUCUCUAUACUUUAAUCCUCAAAAUCAUGAUGUUUACUUGUGGGGAUGUUUAGAAUCUUAAAAUAACACAGAGGCAUUCUUUGGAGUAAUUUUACAUGAAACAACCUCUUAAAAACAUACUAUUUUAUAUCGAAAUGUAAAUGAAUAUUAAAAUCAAGCGGGAUUUAUCUGUUUAGGAAUUGCUGUUAUUGCUAAAGACAAUAUAAAGGAUCCUUUUGCUUUUGAAAUUUUUAAAGGAGAACUUCUAGAACAAAAAAUUGAAUUUAAAGGGAAAUUUUUAGUAGCGAGUUACUUCAGAUAUGUUCAUGAUAAAUAAGACUACUAUCAUCUUGGUUAACUCUAUGAAAGCAAAUCUAAAUAGAAAGCCUACUUUUCUAGUUACUUGAAAUCUGUCUACUACAGUAUUAUUGAAGAAAUUAAAGGGAAUGGUGAUACAAAAUCUUAUUAAAAAAUUUAACUGGACAGCUCCAAUUUAUUUAGUUUUACAGAGGUCUCUGUUUCUCCUUCAAAAUAACAAAUAUGGACUAGCCUUACAAUAAUAGUUAUAAAAGAUCUAUUGCCAUAUGUCAAUCUAUGGGAGUAUCAAGAUAAUAAGACACAAAAAGAUAUCAUUGUAUCCAAUUUAUCAGUCUAGCAUUAUACAAUACCAAACAAAGUUUGCUAUAUAGGAAGUUAAUGCAACUUAAUAGAUUCAAAUUACAGCCUUGUAAACCAAUGCAUAGAUGAAAGGAGUAAUUAAUACAAAUUUGAAAUCAUAGUUGAUAAUUAAACUUUCUCAAAUGCAUUAGAAUAAGUCCUUUAAAAUCAAAGUGGUGGUCUUGGAAGCUUCUAAUAGUUAAAUAUAUCCUUCAAACUUAAUGAUUCUUGA